UCAAAUAUAAAGUCCUAUCGAUUUAACAGAAACGCAUUUCUUUCCACAAGAUUUUAUUUUAAGUAUGGCUACAACUGAAAAGCAAUAUUUCGGUCCUUUAACAUUACAUCAAAAAAUCGAAAAGCCUUCAAUAUUUAAGUGUGGCAAGUCAGUGGAAUGUUCUUGUGUUAUGUGCGAUGAAAUCUUCAUGUUACCAAUGUCUGAGAAACAGAUGCUCACCCAUUUGUUUAUGAAACAUCGUCUGGUAAUAGCUGAUGUAAAUCAAAUAGCAGAUUUACAAGCUUACAUGAAGUAUUGGAAAUUAAGAUUUAAAGAUAGUAACCUUCCAUAUUUUUGCACUACAAUGCUCCUUGAUACAAAACCAGAUGGAACGAAAUCAAAAAAUGAGGAAUACUUCUUGUUAAGUGAUGUUUUACCUGAGGAUAAAGAACUGCGUGUCAACAUUAGACAGAGGAGAUUAGAGGAAUUACUUGAAAGACAUGCUUUUGAGAGAGAAGAUAAAAAUUACAUCAAGGAAUGCCUUUUCUGCAGGCUUGUUUCUAAUGAUACCAGAGCUAACUAUUUGAAUCAUCUGUAUGAAAAACACAACUUCCACAUUGCUAAACCUGAAAAUUUGAUUUUUAUAGAUGAUCUUGUCAAUUUGAUCGCUAAUAAAUUGGAAAACCUUCAAUGUAUUUUUUGUGAAGGUGUAUUUAAAGAUCGGACGAUAUUAAAAGAGCACAUGCGUAAAAAGGGACAUAAGAGAAUUAACCCUGUUAAUAAAGAAUAUGAUAAAUUCUUUUUAGUGAAUUAUAUUGGUGAUAAGGAGACCGUUCCUAAGAAGCAAUACAUUAAGCCUCAUAGUGUUAAGUCAUCUAAUGUGGCACAUAAAGAAGAGUAUGACCAUGAAUCCGAGCCCGAAAGCGACCCUGAAUGGUCUGAAUGGACCGAAGAAAAUGGACCCUUAAUAACUUGCCUUCUUUGCGAUCACACUGAAUCAGAGUAUGAAAAUAUUUUAGAUCACAUGGAAAGAAUCCAUGAAUUCUCAUUCACAAAACUCACUUCGGGAUUAGAUUUUUAUCACAAAGUAAAAAUAGUUAAUUACAUCAGACGUCAGAUGCAUUUACGGCAAUGCUUGUCGUGUGAGACAAAGUUUCAUGAUGUUAAGAACCUGGAGAAACACAUAAAGGAGACAAAACACUUUGUAUUGAAGAAGGAAAAAUGGGACCAGCCGGAAUAUUAUUUCCCUACGUAUGAGGAUGAUUUAUUUCUUUGCUUCAUACACGAUGACAAUGAGAGCUGGUGGUCAAGCGAUGAACAUGAGUCGGAAAACCAGAAUACUAUGUCUGAUAGCAUUUCUAAAGAAAUGGCGUUAGCCGUUCUAAGUGAAUAAUGUUCAAAGCAAUAUAUAAAUUGUGUAACUUCCAUUUAAAGCAAUCAUUGUUUUUAUAUUACAAAAAUUAUGUAUCAUUAAGUAUUUGUUACAGUCUUGAUCUUAUAUGACUGCAAUAUAUUUUUAUCACAGUGAUUUUAAUAAUUUUUGUGUAAUGCCUAACUAAUAUAUAUAUAUAUAUAUAUAUAUAAUUUUAAAAUAUAACAAACAUGUUUAUAAAAUCUAUAUACAAUUAUAGUUAAAUAUAUAUAUUUUGUUAUUGGAUGUUGCCAUGACAAAAAUAAAUCAAUUCAUAUUCAUUAUUAAAUAUAAUAAAACUUUCCGAA